CCAGGGAGUUUUGGAGACGCUCUCGAUCCGACCGACAUCUCGUCCCUCGCGGCCACCACCAUGGCUCCCAGCAGCAGUGUCUGUAGAUUCCUCCUCCUGGUGCUCCUCAGCCUCCUGGUAGCCUCUGUGCACACAGAGACGGAGGCGGACUCGACGACCAGAGACAACCAGGACACCAUGUCUGGAGAGCCCCCCGGUGACGUCACCACCAAGGACCCGCUGCAGGCCAUGACGGAGCCGUCCUUCACCUUCGACUACGAGGACAUCACACACUCCCAGGCCCUCGACGAGGAGGAGGGUGUGCUGGGGCCGGGGGCCAUCACAGCCAUUGUCAUAGCGGUCUUCCUGGGAGCGUCGGUCCUUCUCGCCCUCAUCGUCAUCACGCUCAGGAAAUUCACCGCCUCCUAGAGUGAACACAUCCCACCUUGUGUGUGUGUGCGUGCGCGUGUGUGUGUGUGUGUGUGUGUUUGAGUGUCUAUGUUUCUCUCGUGCCUCUUAUCUCUUUCUUUCGAUCCCAGUCGUGUCUUUCGCUUCGCUGUAGAUGCUGAACAUUGUGGCAGGUCCCUUGACUGACAGAUUAUUACAGAGUUUCUCCUGUCGACACACAAUUGUUGUAAAACACGUCCUCUGGCUACCGAAGAUAUGUUAGAAACUGGCUGGCUCUUCCAGUGGAAAUCUCAGCAUGUCUACGUCAUUCACUUUGUAUUUUUAUUGCUCUUUUAUGCUCCUAUAAGGUUUGUUUUCGGGGUAUUCUGAACGUGUUUGCUUUUACUUGUACAUGAAGUGUGUGUGUGUGCGCGUGUGUGUGUGUGUAUUUGCUCGCGCUCUUGUCAAUCUGUGUCCUACUUUUGUCAUUUAUUGAGAAAGAUGCACGAGGUUCCUUUAGUCUUUCAACGUGAGCCCAAAUCAUGUCUAAAACUGUAUGUCCUCGGUGUCACUUGUGUACAAGUUUUUAUUCCACCAUUUACAAAUAUGUGUAGAGGCAAAAUUAGGGAAGAAGAGUUGGACGGAUUUGGUUAGCAGUCGAGUGAGUAGUUUUUUUCGUUGGUGUUUUAUUCGCAGUUGAUUCAAAAAUGAUUUCAGUGACAUUACUGUAUCUUCUUUCUACACGCCGCAGAGUCCUCAGCCAUGAAGCUGGAUGUUGCCAUGGUAACGUCAAUGACCCUUUCUUUGUGAGAACUAGGUUGAAUAAAUAAAUCUAAUAAAUACGAAUCCUAAUGUCUG